AUUAUCAUUAUCAUAACAAAUUAAAAAUUAAAUAAAUACUUUAUUGUUCCCAAAGGGAAAUUAAAUAAAAAAGCUAUAGGCCUACAAGUGUUUGUUGUUAUUAUUAUAUUUCUUAGCUUGGUCACUAUUGUUGUCCUGCUACAUUUCAUGGUUUCACUACUUCCUAUUGAUGUUUUAACUCCAAGAAAAUUAAAUGUUGUCGUAACUCAGAGUUGUGGGCGGCGAUACUGUUGCCGUCUGCAGUAGCAGUCAGCCUCGGGGAGAAUCUGAAGAGUCCUCUGACUGAAGGCUGUCUGUCCUGACAUGCUAACAGCUCAACAGAAACAGCGACGAGUCCUGGAUGAAACCAUCAGCUGUCGGCAGCGCUGCUAAUUCAUAAAACCCUGAAAAUAUUCAAACCUGAUUCUGGAUGAAAUAUUCAUUUCAGAGUCAGAGCAAUAAGUUCAAUUAAAACAUGACUUUAAACCGGAUUAAUCUGCAGAGAUUUAAACCAGCUAAUGGCUCGUAGUUUCCAUGGUGACGGGAUCUCACAUAAUCAACCAAUAACUGAGAGAUCAGUUGGAUCAGCGCGGCGCGGUGUUCUGUUUUCAGUUAAUGGGAAUGGAUGACAUGUCCUCAUAAAGAUAGCAGCGGAAGCCAGGGUGUGUGUGUGUGUGUGUGUGUGCUUCCUCCCUGCAGCUUCAUCCUCUUCCUCACGGCCUGCUGACCCCGUGGCUCCCGGCUGAAGGCGGACACAUUCCUCUGUCCUCCCCCAGGACCGGGGCGUGACGGAGGGACAGAGGGCGGGCCGGGCUUUAUUUAGGAGGACCGGCAGCAGGACGGGACGCUGCAGCUCCCGGGCUCAGCAGCCGGUUCUGGAGCGACAGGAGGUUCUGGAGCAGAUCACUGGAUGUUUGUGUGCUCUCAGCUGGCACUCCGGUUCUGUUGGACCCGAUUAAAACAAAGGAAGGAUGUUGGGUUGGGGAGGAUCGGAACCACCUUCUCCGCCUCGGAGCUGAGCAGAACCAGAACCGCCUGUUGGGGGGGAAUGCGGCCCUCCGGUUCCGGUUCUAGCAGCCAGCACCGGGCCAGGGCCGCGCAGUGACAUGGGCUCCCGGGGUCCCGGGCCCAGGUGAGCGGCACCGGGCCGGGCCAUGGCCCGGCAGGACGCGGUGAGGUGUCUGCGCUGCCUGCUGUACGCCCUCAACCUGCUGCUCUGGCUGAUGUCGGUGUGUGUGCUCGGCGUGGCAGCGUGGAUCAGAGACACCCUGAACUCCGUCCUGACCCUGACAGCCCACACCAGGUUGGAGGAAGCCGCCGUCCGCUCCUACUCUGCGGCCGUCCAUCCCGUCUUCAUCUCCGUCUGCUGCCUCCUUCUCAUCCUCAGCAUGCUGGGCUACUGCGGCGCGCUGCGCUGCCGCCUGCUGCUGCUCUGCUGGUACUUCUGCAGCCUGCUGGUGAUCUUCUGUGUGGAGCUGGCCUCUGCAGUUUGGACCUACGACGAGCCCUCAGUCCAGCGAGCCGACAUGAUAAGCCUGAAGUCCCGGAUGCCGGACUACAGCCUGCAGCGCUACCAGUGGCUCACACACACCUGGGACAGCUUCCAGACACAGUUUCAGUGCUGUGGGGUGAUCUACUUCACCGACUGGCUGGAGAUGACAGAGAUGGAGUUUCCUCCUGACUCCUGCUGCACCAAUCAGUUCCCCGGCUGCGCUGGUCGCGCCCACCAGCAUGACCUCAGUGACCUGCACCAGGAAGGCUGCGGUCUGAAGGUCUACCGCUUCAUCCGGGGAACCAAGCCGCUGCAGGUUCUGCGUUUCUUGGGGGUUUCUAUCGGCGUGGCGCAGAUCCUGGCCAUGGCGCUCACCCUCACGCUGCUCUGGGCGCUGUACUACGGCCGCCACCAUCAGCAGCCAGACUCAUACGGAACCCCUAGGCCGCCUGGAGAGUCCGGUUCAGUCGUAGGCACCAACGGAACCAGUGUCGACGACCGGGUCGGACCCGGAGACCAGAGAGCUGCUGAGGCCGGGCUGGAGGACCUGGAGGCGCCCGGCGCCGCAUGGAAAGGGUUAUACUGACUCCGCCGUACAGAACCACAGAAUCUGGAGUAAUCUGGGAGCCAGGAACCAGGAUGUAGCCAGAGCUGGAGGCAGCUUGGUGCUCCUGGAGACGGUUUACUGCCAAUGGGCCAAUUGGCUCCAUUGGUCUACUGGUCUACCGGUCCAGAAAACCACAGAGGAGUCAGACCUGACGAGGCUCUGUGUCAGAAUGUUUGCUGUUGCUGCUGCAACCAAUUUGUCAGGAUAAACGGACCAGAACCCAACCCAGAAACGUCUUGGCGCUGCUCAGACUGGAUGGUACUGGGACGGAAAAGUCCCCAUCAGCCCAGGAUGAGUGUCCAGAGGACCAGAAGCAACCUUUGAACCUGUCAUCUAUGAAGGUCAGGAACUGAACUGUUGCUUCACUCCCUAAUGGACACCUGGACCUGUUGGUGCUGCCGGUAGCGGAGCUGAGGCUGCUGCAGUCGAUCUUAAAGUUUCGGCCAGUCCAGUGACCCUGCUGGACUGUCCACCUGCUGGACGAUGGUUGGUGGUUGGGUCAGAAUGAUGGAGGCCAGGAGAAGUGAUAAUAAUGGUCUUUAUUGAACAGAUAAAUAAUCACUCCUGUUUGCUCCACACAUGCAUGGCUUUAGGAAAAUAUCCUGUGGCUGAAAACGUCAUAUCAUCACAGAAUGGAAGAACAUGACACGUUCACCAGAAACUAUGAGCAGAUCUUUUACAACCAGAGUUGGACUGAAUCCAUCCAGCCAAACCAGAACCACAGGAGCAGGAUGAAGGCUGGAUCAUCAUCACUUCCUGUUCCGAAACCAGGAAGUGAUGCAGGGAAGUUCCAUCCUCAGCCUGGUCAUCAUCAGGAGGAGGCGUCCAGUUAAGAGUCGCUUAGGUUUUAAAGACCUUUAUGGAUCUCAUAAAAACAUUAAUAACAACAGAAUGACUCAUGUGAACAGAAAUAUUCCAGCCUGUUGCCUCACUGGAACGCACCAUCCAGGCAGGAAGUGAUGAAGGAGAACUAGCUGCUAACAGCCGCCGUGCUCUAAACCAGCGGCUAACAGGCCGUUUCCACUAAAUAUUUUUAAGUGAUUUCAUUCAGUUUUAUUCUAAUAAACAACGAAGGACAAUAA